CCCCGCGCCGAGUCCGCGCGUUAGUCGCUGUCGAGCGCGGCUGCGGUGCGGCGAGCUGCAGCCAGCGGGGAGGCGUGGGCCGCGGGGAGCUGCCGGUGUCGCGUGAGGAGCGGCGGAGCCCGGAGACUCGCUCGGCGCCAUGGCCCCCAUUGGCCUCAAGGCGGUGGUGGGAGAGAAGAUCAUGCACGAUGUGAUAAAGAAGGUCAAGAAGAAGGGGGAGUGGAAGGUGCUGGUGGUGGACCAGUUAAGCAUGAGGAUGCUGUCCUCCUGCUGCAAGAUGACAGACAUCAUGACUGAGGGGAUCACAAUUGUGGAAGACAUCAACAAACGCAGAGAGCCGCUGCCCAGCCUGGAGGCCGUGUACCUCAUCACCCCAUCAGAGAAGUCUGUCCACUCUCUCAUCAGUGACUUUAAGGACCCACCAACUGCUAAAUAUCGGGCUGCGCAUGUGUUCUUUACUGACUCGUGUCCAGAUGCCCUGUUUAACGAGUUGGUAAAAUCCCGAGCAGCCAAAGUCAUCAAGACACUGACGGAAAUCAACAUUGCAUUUCUCCCGUAUGAGUCACAGGUGUAUUCCUUGGACUCUGCCGACUCUUUCCAAAGCUUCUACAGUCCCCACAAAGCUCAGAUGAAGAACCCCAUACUGGAACGUCUGGCAGAGCAGAUCGCAACCCUGUGUGCCACCCUGAAGGAGUACCCAGCUGUGCGGUAUCGGGGGGAAUAUAAGGACAAUGCCUUGCUGGCUCAGCUGAUCCAGGACAAGCUCGACGCCUAUAAAGCUGAUGACCCAACAAUGGGGGAGGGUCCUGACAAGGCACGCUCCCAGCUCCUGAUCCUGGACCGUGGCUUUGACCCCAGCUCCCCUGUGCUUCAUGAAUUGACUUUUCAGGCUAUGAGUUACGACCUGCUGCCUAUUGAAAAUGACGUUUACAAGUAUGAGACCAGUGGAAUCGGAGAGGCACGGGUAAAGGAGGUGCUUCUGGAUGAGGACGAUGACCUAUGGAUCACGCUGCGCCACAAGCACAUCGCAGAAGUUUCCCAGGAGGUCACCCGGUCUUUGAAGGACUUUUCUUCUAGCAAGAGAAUGAAUACUGGAGAGAAGACCACCAUGCGGGACCUGUCCCAGAUGCUGAAGAAGAUGCCCCAGUACCAGAAAGAGCUCAGCAAGUAUUCGACUCACCUGCACCUUGCUGAGGACUGUAUGAAGCAUUACCAAGGCACCGUUGAUAAACUCUGCCGAGUGGAGCAGGAUCUGGCUAUGGGCACAGAUGCUGAGGGGGAGAAGAUCAAGGACCCCAUGAGAGCCAUCGUCCCCAUCCUGCUGGAUGCAAACGUCAGCACUUACGACAAGAUCCGCAUCAUUCUUCUCUACAUCUUCCUGAAGAACGGCAUCACUGAAGAGAACCUGAACAAACUCAUCCAGCAUGCCCAGAUCCCCCCGGAGGACAGUGAGAUCAUCACCAACAUGGCUCACCUCGGCGUGCCCAUCGUCACAGAUUCCACACUGCGCCGCAGGAGCAAACCAGAGCGGAAGGAGCGCAUCAGUGAGCAGACCUACCAGCUGUCACGAUGGACCCCCAUCAUUAAAGACAUCAUGGAGGACACUAUUGAGGACAAACUGGACACUAAACAUUACCCGUAUAUCUCUACCCGCUCCUCCGCCUCCUUCAGCACCACAGCUGUCAGCGCCCGUUAUGGACACUGGCACAAGAAUAAGGCCCCCGGGGAAUACCGCAGUGGCCCACGCCUCAUUAUUUUCAUUCUUGGAGGCGUGAGCCUGAAUGAGAUGCGCUGUGCUUACGAGGUGACCCAGGCCAACGGCAAGUGGGAAGUGCUGAUAGGUUCUACACACAUUCUCACUCCCACCAAAUUUCUCAUGGACCUGAGACACCCCGACUUCAGGGAGUCCUCUAGGGUAUCUUUUGAGGAUCAGGCUCCAACAGUGGAGUGAGAGCCAAAGAAACAAAGAUCCACACACAUUCUCACCCCACAGAAACUGCUGGACACGCUGAAGAAACUGAACAAAACAGAUGAAGAAAUAAGCAGUUAAAAAAAACCAAGCUGCCCCUCCAAAGCCCCAGCCCCCUGCCCACAGUGCUCCUCAGCUCCCCAGCGCGACGCCUCGGUUAUUCUGCUCCUUCCCAGCCCUGCACGCCCUGGCUGCCCUGUCGCCGCGCUGCAUUCAUUCCCGUUCCCGUGUGCGAAUGACACCCUCUCGUUUGAAACAAGAGAGUAAUGCGUUGUUUUCAAAAAACGAGGAUCUUCCAUAGUACCCCACGAAACGUUCACAUGCAAGCGCCACACGGCACAGGUGUUGGAACUCUAGACCGAGUAGACUCCUCCCCUUAUUUAUGAGCCCAUGACCUUGUACAUAGCCCCGUGUGCCACGUGUGCAUACUGCUUGAGUAUGGAAAGGUAGAUGUGUGGAUAUUUCUCAGAGCUUGUUUGGGCUUGUUUCUGUUCUUUUUGGGAAUCAUGAAAUGUCUGUUCUCAGGUGUCCCGCACUGAGGAGUAAUUUGUUACCCUGUCUCCAGUUCCUACCCUAGCUGCCAGCUCUCAUCCAUGCAAGCUGGGAAAUGACAGUGGUAUACACUUCAGGAGGCUGGGAUAGAGCUGACCUUUUUUAUUUCUGCAGUGGCUCAUGCCCUAAUGUUGUAGCUGUAGGUGGCCAGGCUGGGUGCUGGCCAGUGUUCCCUCCAGAGUCUGGUACUGUGUCUUGACCUGUGUCCACAGUACUGUAAGCCUGAGUGAAGGGCCUCCAGCCUGUCACCAUCCCUAGACUCUGCCCAGCACCCUCGAUUCCUCGAGAGGACUUAGGCCUGACCCUCCUGUCCAGCUCUUCCUCCCCUAGGCUCCACUCCAACACCACCUCUCAAAAGGGUCAGGCUGGGUAGAGAUCAAGGCUCAGGAAUAGAUUGGAACACAUGGGUCUCUGCACUUUGGCCAAAGGGUGCUUUGCUAGAAGGGUUGCAGGCCUGAGCAAAGGGCUUUGCUGACCCUGCCUCCACCCAGCAGGUGACGUGUCAGAUUAUCCUCAGUUUAAGAUGCUUCAUUCAUCUUUAUUUUGUGUAGUGUGCAGUCCUAUGUCAUUGUGGUUGUAAGAGAAAAAUGAUCAUUUUAUUCUCUGUAUAAAGACGUAGCUGUAUAAACGUAGCUAGCUGUAAAGUAGAAAUUCAAGAAGUAAAUGCUAGGAUGGCUCACAUCCUCAGGACGCAGCAGCCCCCAGGUCUGGGAGUGAGCACACUGCUCAUCCUGCUGCUGACGUCAUGAACUAUAAAGACAGUGGAAGUCACAAAAAAUGUCCUAGCCCAACACCCCCACCCUCUCCCUCCCGCAGACGUGUGUGUAUUACCGUGUCUCGUGCUGUUGUUGCAAAUGUGGUGUAAGCCUUCCUUUGCGGCGGCUGUGUCCUCCCAUGCGUUAGAUGAACUGUGGCCCUCCCCCCGUCCUGGCUCUGGAAUCUGCCCCACACUCAGACUAGUUUUCGGGUGGCCGCCCUGGGGCCCUUCCUCCCUUCCGCCGUCUUAUUUCCUUAGGACAGAAACAUAGGAACUCGCAUAGGCUUCGUUCCCUGCUGCCGCUUCUUGGGCCUCUCCCUCUGGUCAAGCGAUGCUCAUGCUUCAGGACUGCGUGUGUCGAACAUGUGGGGUUUCCUUUCUGUUAUUUAUAUAAAUAAUUUAUCAAAAGGAUAUUUAAAAAAACAAAGCUAGUCUGUCUUGAAACCUGUUUACCUUGAAAUCCUCGGAAUAUCAGUGUUUGGCAGUAGGAAGCACAAACAUGUCUCACUCUGUACCAUUCUGUACUAAAGCAUUGGCGUCUAAUAAAGACAUCAGUGCCCACUCAUGGUGUUCAGGCCAA